AUGUCUUCAUUCCUCACAUGGCGCACCGUCACCCGUGCCACCCGGGCACCAGCUACUAGCUUUGCUCCCCGCGCUUUCUCUACGACUUUCGUAGCUCGCAAGAGUGCCACUGAGACGGUGAAGGAUGGUGUCAAGACUGUGGAUAGAAAGGUCUCGGAUGUUCUGGUUGACGGAAUUGAAGCCGGUCAAACCGCCGCCCAGAAAGCAAAGGAGGUAGCAGGCAUGUCCACAUCCGAGAUGAAGGGCAAGGCCAACGAGGUUGCAGGCGAGGCCAAGGGAAAGGCAAACGAGGUAGCUGGCCAAGCAAAAGGAAAGGCGAAUGAGCUCGCGGGCGAGGCAAAGGGGAAGAAGGAAGAGAUCAAGGGGAAGAUGUGA